AAUUAGAGUCAGGUUUUUCUGAGUUGAGUUUUCAGGAGGGUCACAAACACACAAACCGGACACGGUGUAAUGGCUGCUCUAAAGUACGCCGGAAUGGAUGAUACCGACAGCGAGGAUGAGCUUCCUCCCGGCUGGGAAGAGAGAUCCACUAAGGAUGGCUGGGUUUAUUAUGCCAAUCAUGAGGAGAUGAAGACACAGUGGGAGCAUCCAAAAACUGGCAAGAAGAAACGUUGUGCAGGAGCUCUUCCUUAUGGAUGGGAGCAGGAGACAGACGGCAAGGGUCAAAUCUUUUAUGUUGACCACAUCAAUAAGAGGAAGACGUACUUUGACCCUCGGCAGGCCUUCACCAUAGAGGAUGUGCAGGUGAAGCCUAAGCGCUAUGAUGGCAAUACGUCUGCGCUGGAGAUCCUACAGGGUCACGACCUUUCUGACAAAGUUGUAAUCAUCACAGGGGGCAACUCUGGUAUCGGUUUUGAGACGGCGAGGUCGUUUGCCCUUCAUGGUGCCCAUGUGAUCUUAGCCUGCCGGAACCAAGCUCGCAGCAGUAAUGCAGUUAACCGGAUCCUCGAGGAGUGGCACAAAGCUCGUGUUGAGGCCAUGAUGCUGGACUUGGCAUCGUUGAGAAGCGUCCGAGAGUUUGCAGAGGCCUUCAAAGCAAAGAAACUGCCCCUGCACAUCCUGGUGUGUAAUGCGGCAGUGUGUACGCAGCCAUGGCGCCUGACAGAGGACGGACUGGAGUCUACCUUUCAGAUCUGCCAUCUGGGCCACUUCUACCUGGUGCAGCUGCUGCAGAACGUGAUGCGGCGUUCGGCUCCUGCCCGCGUGGUGGUGUUGUCCUCCGAGUCUCACAGGUUCACAGAUCUGGUGGACUCUUGUGGAAAGCUGGAGCUUUCCCUGCUCUCGCCUCCCCAGAAGGAGUACUGGUCCAUGCUGGCCUACAACAGGGCCAAGCUCUGCAACAUCCUUUUCUCCAGUGAGCUGCACCGUCGUCUCUCUCCUCAUGGGGUCACCUCUAAUGCUGUUCAUCCGGGGAACAUGAUGUACACGUCCAUCCACCGCAGCUGGUGGCUCAUGACCUUCCUUUUCAACCUGGCGCGCCCUUUCACCAAGUCCAUGCAACAGGGUGCAGCCACGACGGUGUACUGUGCGGUGGCGCCGGAGCUGGAAGGUCUGGGUGGGAUGUACUUCAACAACUGUUUCCGCUGCAUGCCGUCGGCGCAGGCCCAGGACCCGUCGAGUGCCCUCAGCCUGUGGGAGCUGAGCGAGAGGCUGGUGCAGGAGCGCGCCGGCGGCCCUCAGGCGCUGUGAUCUCACGACCUCCGCCACGCAAUAAUCCCUCAGCCCCGGCAUGGCUUACCUGCUCAAGCAUCACCGCUACCGAUUGCUUCAUCACCAUGCAUGAGCAGAUAAUAACGAGCAAAAAGAAAGGGAAAGGGGAUUUAGAGUGCCGGAGAGCGGAAAUUCAGUCUGCUAGACUGACGGAUGGAAAGCAAGGAGAGGGUCAUUUGUACUGUUUCUCUUUCCUUAGUCCCAGGGUUUCUUGUCUUUUCUCCUCUAGGUGAUUUAGCGCUACCUCUAAAGCACUAUACACUGUCCUCUAAUCGACAGCUAACACCACGCUUUCUAGCUAGGGGGCUGGUAAAAAAUAAAGUGUAAAGUGGAUCCUCUUAAUGCAGCCAACACAAAAAUUCAUUGAAAAGAUCAGGAGUUAAAAUCGUCAUUAUUGCCCAUCCAUCUGUACAAAUUAAGGUGAAUGAGUACAUGUUAGACUGAAGGUGCAGAGAUGAUGUAGAGGAAGCAUAUGCAUGUCGUCUAUUUACAGGUACAACCACUGAAAAGAACCGGUCUGUAUAGAUAUGCUGUACAUAAUAUACAUAGAGUGCUGUUCUACUUCGCAUAUGUUUCUGAAUAUUCUUCUAAUUUCUGACCCCAUCGGCCCAAAGACUCCAGAUCCAGUCCAGUGAACUUUUACAAAAUUCUACCUUAAUGCUAAUUACAAUGAAGCAGCAUCUUUGAGGACAAAAAGGAGGACCAGUGCUGGCUGAAGGGAAGAGUCUUGCAGUCUUAAGAAAUUUCAGGUGGAACCUUCCUCAUCAACUCCUUGUCCUUGUAGUCUUGUGUAAUGUUUUUGAAAGCAUUUCCCCUGUAAAACGUGGUCUUCAUUUGCUGACAACCAGCUUUAGAAAAAAAGAAUUCAGCAGAAGAAGAGAAAGUGGCAAAGACUGAAGAAUGGCACCAGAUUGUUUAGUUUAGUUUUUUUUUCCCUCUCCAUUUUCCUCUUUUUCUCGCUCGUCUUUUUCUAUCUUUGCAGGUUGACUGUUGUGCUUUGGGGCAGUCUUGGUGCCAUGGGUCAGUCUGAGCUCGAAGCAUUCCAGUGUUGUGGGAUCUCUAAAGAAAAACAUAGGGGGAAAACAGGGGAGAGAGAAACAAAUAAAGAUUAAUUUU